GCGAACCACGCUGCACUCCAUCAGAGCAUCAGUACUAGUACAGUCAAGGUGAUCAUGCCACUGCCAGUACAUGCGGACCAAGUACUCCCAGUUUAUGGAAACUAUCAUGGGUAUUACUCCAAGCGUCCCUUCAUCCAAGAUCCACGAUUAGCUUUGCUCCCUACUGAAUUCUUCGUGGGUAAGCGAGUUCUGGAUAUUGGAUGCAAUGAAGGCUGGGUGACUUGUGAAAUAGGACAGUCCAGGGGAGCACAGCAGGUCGUUGGAGUUGAUAUCGACGAUACUCUUAUUAGAGCCGCCUGGAAGAGAAGGCGCACUGUCUGGAGUCUUCAGUCUCCUGAACACGGACAUCUCCAUGAGGAAAGUUGCCCUCCGCACAAACGACAGCGAGUCCUCGGUGAUGCGCCCACUACGGACCAUAGUGCUCACAAUUAUUUCCCUGCAUCGUGCGAACAUAGCUAUGGCCCUUUGCCCAUCCCAAAUAGAGGUUGCGGUGCUUUCCCGCACAAUGUCACCUUCCGAACAGUUGACUGGAUUAAGGAUGAGAUACCGGAAGAUCCCAAUCAAUACGACAUUGUUCUAGGGUUCUCUAUCUCGAAAUGGAUUCAUCUAAAUAACAAGGACGACGGGCUGAAGGAAUUUUUCCACCGAGUUCACCAAUGUCUGAAAAUGGGGGGUAUUUUCGUCCUUGAGCCACAACCCUGGGACACCUACUCAAAGGCUCGAAGGAUGAGCGAGACUCUCAAAGAGAACGCAAAAUAUUUACAACUCCGUCCAGAUGGCUUUGGGGAACUACUUCAGGAGCUCGGAUUUAGUCCCGGUGAGCGCAAGGGGGUAACUGGCAAAGGCGGUUUCCGUCGCCCCGUUGAUGUCUACUUGAAGCAGCGAUAAAAUCACAUUCUGUUUGUAAGAAAUCAAGAGUACCCUUGCAGUGCUGGUACAACAUUGUGCAUCAUUCUUUAUACUCACAUGUCACGUAAAUUCACAGGACCAAUGAUUCUUUUUGAAUUCGGGUCCCGCCAUGCUGUAUCGUCUGUAUUUGUCUGAUGCACGAAAUUUUUAUGCUCAUGCGUCUUUAAAUGUUGUUUUUUUACACUGCUUUUCUAUGAAUGAAUGGUGACACGCCAACCUUAUGCACACA